ACUCACCAGGAAAUCAUGAGCCAGCUGGAUGCUUUUUCUCUUUUUCGGGGAGCCUCAGGUCCGGCCGGCGCCAUCGUGAAGCGGUCUCACUCGGCCGCGUUACUUUCCGUGGUGGUCUCCCUGCGGCCGGUCAUCCUUCAAAAUGUUGGGUCGGGUCUGCAACUCGGCCAUCAGGGCGGCCAAGCCCGCCUCGGCCAUCCAGAAGCAGGUCCUGCCUGCUCUGUACCACUCUGGUCGCACCGACAAUGCUCCGGCGGCCGCCGCGCCCGCCGCCGCCGCCAGCUCGACCGGCCAGAUCACGGCCGUCAUUGGUGCCGUGGUGGAUGUGCAGUUCGACGGCGAGCUGCCGCCCAUCCUCAACGCCCUGGAGGUGAAGAACCGCGAGCCGCGCCUCAUCCUCGAGGUGGCACAGCAUCUCGGUGAGAACACGGUGCGCACCAUCGCCAUGGACGGCACAGAGGGUCUGGUGCGUGGCCAGAAGGUUACCGACACCAACUCGCCCAUCAAGAUCCCCGUCGGCCCCGAGACGCUCGGCCGCAUCAUCAACGUCAUCGGUGAGCCAAUCGACGAGCGGGGCCCGGUGCCGACGGACAAGCGGGCCGCCAUCCACGCCGAGGCGCCCGACUUUGUCGACAUGAGCGUCUCGCAGGAGAUCCUCGUCACCGGCAUCAAGGUGGUCGACCUGCUGGCCCCCUACGCCAAGGGAGGCAAGAUCGGCCUGUUCGGCGGUGCCGGUGUCGGCAAGACCGUACUGAUCAUGGAGCUGAUCAACAACGUGGCCAAGGCGCAUGGCGGCUACUCCGUGUUCGCCGGCGUCGGCGAGCGUACCCGUGAGGGUAACGAUCUGUACCACGAGAUGAUCGAGGGCGGCGUCAUCAGCCUCACCGACAAGACCUCCAAGGUGGCGCUGGUGUACGGCCAGAUGAACGAGCCGCCGGGCGCUCGUGCCCGUGUCGCCCUGACCGGCCUCACCGUGGCCGAGUACUUCCGCGACCAGGAGGGACAGGACGUGCUGCUCUUCAUCGACAACAUCUUCCGCUUCACACAGGCCGGCUCGGAGGUGUCGGCCCUGCUGGGCCGCAUCCCAUCCGCCGUCGGCUACCAGCCCACCCUGGCCACCGACAUGGGCAGCAUGCAGGAGCGCAUCACUACCACCAAGAAGGGCUCCAUCACCUCCGUACAGGCCAUCUACGUGCCGGCCGACGAUCUGACGGACCCGGCGCCGGCCACCACGUUCGCCCAUCUGGACGCCACCACCGUGCUGUCGCGCGCCAUCGCCGAGCUGGGUAUCUACCCGGCCGUCGACCCGCUCGACUCAAUCUCGCGUAUCAUGGACCCGAACGUGAUCGGCGAGCGCCACUACAGCGUGGCCCGUGGCGUGCAGAAGAUCCUGCAGGACCACAAGUCGCUGCAGGACAUCAUCGCCAUCCUGGGUAUGGACGAACUCAGUGAGGAGGAUAAGCUGAUCGUGUCGCGCGCGCGCAAGAUCCAGCGCUUCCUGUCGCAGCCCUUCCAGGUUGCCGAGGUGUUCACUGGUUUCGCCGGCAAGUUCGUCUCUCUGGAGCAGACGAUCGACGGCUUCUCGCAGAUCCUGGCCGGCAAGUACGACCACCUUCCAGAGGCCGCCUUCUACAUGGUCGGCCACAUCGAGGAGGUGGUCGAAAAGGCCGAGAUGCUGGCCGAGCAGGCCGGCGCUUAGAGUGACUGUGCGCGGUGAGCCUGGGCGCGGCGGGGCGCGCGCGGCCGUCACCCGCAGCCCGCCCGCCGCCGGCCGCGCCGCGCCGAACCACGUGUAGUAGCGACACUGAGCGGAGACCAGGCGCCCAAAUACAUACGCCCACGUCUCCGUGAA